AUGUGUAUGUUGUGUAACUCGAGGUUUUCCCUGCUCAAUCGUCGUCAUCACUGUCGUGCGUGUGGGCGCGUCGCAUGUGGAUCAUGCUGCAAAGAAAAGGCUACGCUGGAGUAUAUGAAAGAUGAUCCGAAAAAGGUUCCUCAAAGAUAUUAUUAG